AUGCCAUCUUCCGGUAAGAGGGCCCAACGGCCACGUCGAGAACCAAUGAUGAAGGUUGAUAUUCCUGACUCCUCACCUUCUCGUCCUUCCAAGAGAAGAAAGAAGGACAUGCGAAUCAAUGUUGGGCGUCACUCUGCUGAGGCUGAGGGUCAAGAUGAAGGACCCAUUAUCGAUAAUGGAGCUCCACAAGCGAUUGCUCCAGCUCCACAAGGUUACCAGCGCCCGGGUACACCUCCUCCUGCUUCUCGAAUUAAAAUUCCGGGUUCUAAUAAGAGAUCGCCUCCUGCAUAUUCGGCUGGUGGUACCAUGGUUAUGAAUGAUUCUGAGAGUGUUGACCUCAGUCUCGAUUCUAAUGCUCAUAUCAAGCCAGGUUACAGUUAUAGUCAAAUGAUUGCGCAGGCAAUUAUCGGAACUCCAGGUGAGACCUUGGUAUUGAAUGGUAUUUAUCAAUACAUCAUGCGCAGAUACGCUUAUUACAGACAUCAACCACCCCACGGUUGGCAAGUAAGUUAUUAA